GGUGCAGUGAGCGGACAAUGUCACGGGUGCAGUGGUGCUGGUGCGUGGUGACCAUGCUUCUCAUCAGUGCAGCGCUCGCCAGAUGCGACGACAUUCACCUUGAUAACAACCACCUACAUUCUGAUAAUGAUGAGUAUCUGCUUAAACAGGUAGUCUGGAAACGCUGCUACCGCAACCUGAGCACUCCCUGUCUGAAGCUGAGUCUGGUCCGGACCAUCGAGAUGAUGUCAAAGGACUCGGCCUUCUUCCUCCUACCCGGUGUCUUCUUCUCCAGCAACAACACGGACCCUUUGACGUUACCUCCAGAGGUGGCUAGAAGCCUGUCCUCGGAUAAAGCCCCCUUGGAUGACGUCGUGGCUUUCACCUUGAAGAAAUAUGUCCGUUCAAUUACCCUCAACGUCAAUCUGAUCGACUUCAUGUCCGGAGGCAAUGGAACUUUCCAGAAGGCUAUGGUUGAUGUUUUCUCAGGACGAGCAAAGAAGGACGGCCUGGGAGGGUAUGGCGCCGUAGCGGCCAUGAUGGGAGGAAUGAUGGCUAGUGUGAUGAUGGCUGCGCUGGCGGCGCUGGCGGGCAAGGCUCUGAUGACGUCCCUCCUGGCCCUGAUGAUGGCGGGGUUCUCUGCCGUCAGAGGAGGUGGUGGCGGCGGCGGCGGCGGAGACACUAAGACCUAUGAGGUUAUUACGAAACCGGUGGUGAGCCAUAUCAACACGCACACGUCUGAGGUGCAGCAUGAACACGGACACUGGCACAAGCGGAGUCUAGAUCCUUGGGGACCCUGGGAAUCUCUCAGGGAUUGGAGGGGAGACAUAAAUAAUAUUGAACGUUCUGUCAAAAUUCAAUCACCAAAGAAGUCUCCAAGAACCAAGGAGAAGUAGACAAUGUUUUUAUGUUAAUAAAUGUCAAUAAUUAUUAAAACGGUAAAAAGAUAUUAUCAAAGUACCUGAAGGUUUAAAAAACGAAAGGUUUAAAAUGUUCAAAUUUGUGUAUGAAUGCUAAGUAUAUUUUACUCGUGAUAUAUAGCAUAAUAGUUGAAAUUCAAUGAAAUACAUAUUGCAUUAUGUAAUUUUGAGCAUAUAUAUGUAUUUUAUUAGCUUUACAAGAUUUAAACAGUAGAUUUUCUAACCGAUGUUUCGAAAGAAGCAAUCGCUCUAUAAAACCAUUUACGUUUUUUAAUGAAACUGCUGACUAUAUAAUUUAAUAUCAAUUUCAAACGAAAAUAUUCUGAAAUUCAUAUAAACUUUAAUGUUUUUAAAUGUGUAUUUAUUUAGUAUAGUGUAGUUUUUUAUUUAUUAUUUCCUCAAAAGGAGUACUGAACUUUAGCAGGUAAUUACUGUUAUUUAUU